UCGCCACGGUCAACGCUGACGUGUACUAGGAAGUCUCGGUGUCGCAUUAUUAGCAGAGCUGAGACUUAGCGGCGUGUUUGUGUUUUUAACAACAAAUAUUGGCUAUUUUAGCGGCGGGACGCCGUCUUGAAAAUACGUCAAUAUGGCGGGGGAGGUGUCAAUAAUAGGUUCCGUGAUCUUGGGACUGUUCCUGGCGGGUUAUUUGGGCCAGCAGUACUUGCCGCCGCCCAAGCCACAUGUGAUCGGCCUGGACUUGGGCACCACUUUCUGCUCGGUGGGUGUGUUUCACCCUGGCAGCGGGGAGGUGGAAGUGAUCGCGGACGAGGAGGGCAGGACGAGCAUCCCCAGCGCCGUCACCUUCACCGACAUGGCGGUGCUCGUCGGACAUGAGGCCGUGGACGUGGCGGACAAGGACCCCCAGAACACCAUCUAUGAUGCCAAGAGGUUCAUCGGGAAGAUCUUUGCUCCCGGGCUGCUGGAGCAAGAGAGCCGCCGCUACCCCUUCAAGGUUAUUAACAACAAUGGGAGCGCAGAGUUCGCCAUUACCGCCAACGGCAGCUUCACGGUGACCCCAGAGUUCAUCGGCUCCAGGCUGCUGCUGAAGAUGAAGAAGAUGGCCGAGCGACGGCUCGACGCCCUCGUCCGCAGCGCCGUCAUCUCCGUGCCCGCAGAGUUCGACGAGACGCAAAGGAACCACACGAUCAGGGCCGCCAAUCUCGCAGGUUUGGAGAUUCUGCGCGUGAUCAACGAGCCGACAGCAGCGGCCAUGGCGUACGGCCUGCACAAGGUGGACGUGUUCAAUGUGCUGGUGGUGGACCUCGGCGGAGGAACCCUGGACGUGUCUCUGCUCAACAAGCAGGGCGGCAUGUUCUUCACAAGAGCCAUGGCCGGCAACAACAAGUUAGGAGGACAAGACUUCAGCCAGAGGUUGCUCCAGUACGCCACGGAGCGAGUCCGACAGGAGUACGGGGUCCCGCCCACUCUGAAGGCGGACAUCCAUCGCCUCCGCCAAGCCGUGGAGGCCGCCAAGCUCAACCUUACCCUCCAACCUAGCGCCGCCAUCAGGGUGCCGCUGCAUCUCCUUGACAACGCAGCAGAAAGCUCGGCCCCGGCGAAGGUCCUCUUCCAGGUGACGGUCACCCGCCAACUCUUCGAGGAGCUGAACGAGGACCUGUUCCAGAAGAUCCUGGCCCCCGUGGAGACGGUGCUCGCCGAAGGCCACCUGGGAAAAGCCGAGGUGGACGAGAUCGUCCUGGUAGGCGGCUCCACCAGGAUACCGCGCAUCAGGAGGCUCAUCAGCGAGUAUUUCGGGAAGGAACCCAACACGUCGGUGGACCCCGAUCUGGCCGUGGUGAUGGGCGUGGCCAUCCAGGCCGGCAUCAUGGGGGGCUCGUGGCCGCUACAAGUCAGCGCCAUCGAGAUCCCCAACAGACAUCUUCGAAAGACAAACUUCAGCUAGAGUGUGUUUAUUUGGAGACUGUGUAGACAGCCUGAAUGUACGUACGCUGGCAUCGACAACAUUCCUUUUGGACACGCAGUCAUACUUGAAGAAAAAAGGGCCAACUAGCACUUUAAUUGUACACAACUUGUGUAAUUACUUUCUCAGGGAGGAGUCCCACUGUUACAAUGCACGGGGACCACAGGGUUGUCGGUUGAAUAUCUCAAAGAGAAAAAAAAAAUGAAGAGAAAUUGGGACAGUUUGACAGUUCCCAAGCAGUUUUGAGGUGCCAUUUGACCAACACAAGCCUAAUGUGUUGUAUUAUACUACUGCUCAACAACAAACAGUUCUAACAGCUUAAACUUUUAUGUUUGGAUUUUUAAUUAUGGUCAUUCACAUAAAUAUUUAAUAACGCA